AUGCUGCACAAUCUUCUUGACAGGGAUCUUAAAGACUCCAUCGACUGCGGAAGUGAGGCUGAUCUUUAUGGAUUAGUGUCCACCAUCUUGGAAGAGGUUGAUCCGAUGGACUCGUACUUCUCUGAAGAAAUAUCAACUAGCCUUACGACCGGAUGGUCCCCAACGUCCCAGAGGGAGAACAGCUUGCAAGAUCUUAAUUCCGAGGUAAAGGUACAGUCCAGUUCUGGAAUACAGCACAAUCCCGAGCAUGGCUUCAAACUCUAUACUCGUCCAGUGGAAAUCGACUCUGACCAAAGUGGUGACAUAUUACCGCAUUUCAGUGGCUCUGAGGCUGCUGACCCAUCCUGGCUUUAUUCCCCCUGUAAUGGAGAAUCAGAAUAUGAAUCCUACACCCCAGCUUUCCCAAAUUUACCCAGACCACCUCCUGGUCUUGAUAUAUCACACGUUGCGAGGUCCCACUUCUCCAAGAGCAGACCAGGUAAAUCAGAGAAUAACGUGUCAGUCAAAGAAAGCAGCUUUCACGGCAUCAGUGAUGACAUCUCAGAGAGCGUGGAUGCCUUCAAUGACCAUCACUCCCUUACGACCAAAUUGAAUGACUCCUAUUUCAGCCCAUUCCAAAAUUUCUCUGACUUGAGUGGACGCAGAAUCGAUAAGAACGAUUCACAACAAUUCUCUAUGCAGGAUGCCAGCAAGCUAGCCAACAGCUUGGAAGCUCUUCUUAUGGGGGAGCAGCAGGGCAUGUAUAAUAGAGGACCAGCUCAGCGCAAUGCCAUGAAAGUUCAGGAUGAAAACAUGAUUGAUUUGAAGGGUUUACCUCUUCAAUGGAUGUCAGCAUUUGAAGCUCAUAUUGCAGGCUCUAAAAGAGAAAUCACAAUGGAGCAAAGAGAUGGUGAGGUUGGGAAUAUAACUCCUAAAGAGUUUGCUGAUUUUGGUCAGCAGUCAGCAGACUUUUUUGAAGCUUCUAAACUCUUCUCAUCCUCUUUUAACUUUUCAACUAACCAAAGCAAAGAAGACAAACAGAGAGAUACAAGAAAUCUCCCAAACAGCCUGCAUCAAUACCAUCAUGGGCAGUCAAACCAGCACCACUGUUACACCAAGCCUCCCUCCAAAACAAGCAUCAGUACAGAUCCUCAGGGAAUGUCUAAGUCUCAAUCUGUGACGGAUUUUGUUCCUGCACUGUCCCAGCAACAGAUGCAGAGUACUGUAUCUAGAGCAUUCAGUGAUUUUGGGCAGAGCGAGGGGAGGAUGGGUUGCAAGGACUUGCGUUUGGGUCUGAAGGGCAUAGGAAAGAUAGGAGGCACUGUAGACAGGGGAGGAUUUGACCUACAGUCAGAAACUGGCAGGUUGCAGACACCUUCAGCCACAGGCUUCAUUGCCGAUGCUCACCCCUCUCCUCGUUUUGGAGCUAAACCUAAAUCACUAGCUGGCUUUCUCAAAGAAACAAACAAAAAAAAAGGUCUGUUGCAAAACCCGUAUCAGAUCCUAGGCAAUAUGUAUGCAGGUCAGGUCAGACACAAUGGAGCCAAACCUGCACCAUCCCAGACGUUUCCUUGCUUGUACCAGAUGGGAGUUUCUGGAAAGAACCUCGGCCACAUUUUCCCUUCUCAACCCCCGCUGACCUACAGUGGCUCUGUGCCCGUACCGGAUGUGAGUGAACUACGGCCAGAUGCAGAAUUCCCACCUCUAAACCCCUAUCUUCAGGAGAUGAUGGGGCCAAACCUAGCAGGAGUAGAUGGGCCAUUUCCUGGGUUAAUCUCCAACCUGAGGUCAUCCAACCAAAGCUCGAGCCAGCUACACUAUUAUCUGGAAGAGUGCUAUGAACAGUGGAGAGUUUUGAAGAAUGAGAGAAAGAAAGCAGAAGCUCUCCUGCUGAAGAGCUUCCCAGGCAAGUAUGUAUCUGUGAUGAACACUAACCCUGUCCCCAAGUUGCCCCCUAACCCCACCAGAGUGGACAGGCUUAUAGUGGACCAGUUUCAAGAGCAAGCCAAGGUGGUGAGCUUGUUGGGGAUGAUAGAGCGCUUACGGAGUUUUCCUCUCCAUGCUAAUAUCAGUUCGACACUGGACAGGCACCUAGAGGCCAUCUGCAUCACCCAGGCUCGCCGCAAGGAUGAGUUCCUCAACAGCAGUAGACAGAGACAGGGCAUGGCCAACCUCAAAGAGGACAAAGAUAUUCUGCUUUUGGCCUCUGCACUGAAGGACCUGAGCAAGAGCACCAGGUUGUCUUGCACCGCGCUGUGGUGCGCUCUGCAGAUGACCAUGCCCAAAAAAAGCAUCAGCAGCGAGGACGGAGGAGAAGGGAACACGUCUUCGGUGUCCUUAGAGGACGACAGUUCUGACCAGAUCGCCCUUGAGAAAGUGCCGUGACUUUUUGCCAGGCAGUUGUUCCUAUUUUUGUGUGUGUGUGUGUGUACUAUUCUGAAGGGAAUACACCUCAGUGAGGUGCUCAGUGGAGUGGGUGAAUAUUGUUGCAUAGGUUAUUAGACUGCAGUCAACUCUCAGUAGAAAAGUAGGCUCAGUUCAGAGCAGUAGAUGGAAUCCUCAGUUCAGUAACAUUUAUUAGUCUUAUAUACAUAUCUGUAAAUAUACAGUCAUGCGAAUAUGGGCAGAGCCAUUUGGUCUUGGUGGAUUUUGAGACGCUGCGUGUCUGUUUGUGGACAGAAUGCUUAAGGACAGAGAAAAGAGAAAAAGGGAAAGGAUGGAUCAGAAGAGUUAGUGUGGGACAAGAUCCAGUAACAGAAAAGAAUAGCGAUGUUAUACAUGUUGAAAAAAAAGUGAUCAUUGGAAAAGAACGUAAAGGUCAGCGAGUUUGAAGAAUAACGAGAUUGUUACUCUCUUGACCUUAGAUUUUAACAGCGGUUACUCCCAGUGGAAAGGAAAAGCACGGAGUGUUAAGCUUUAGCAGCAAUUAAUCCUGGGUUAGUUUCACUUUGACGGUUUGAUUAGUGUGUGUUAAGGAAAUCCUGGGAGUAACCUGUAAGUUUAGGCUAUAUUUAUAACUUUAAUGUCCUUGUAUUUUACCUAUUUAUUGCAGCAGGGUUUACGGUGCAGCAUUUUGGAUUUGAACAAUCAUAACUGUGAAAAAUUAUUUUCUUUGCGAGAUUCUUUAAUUGAUUUUGUUUAUUUAAUCUCAAUUAGCCGUAUUUUAACUUGAGAUAAAUGAUAAACUAGUCAGCGUAUGAAGUACAGAACAUCUCAAGACAGGAUAGAUUUCCAGAUUUCUUUCCGUAUUAAACAAUCUUGUUGAAUCAGAUUUCUGUUUAUUGGAAGUGUAGAGAAAGAGAAUCCCUCUGAAGACCUGGGGAAGAAUGAUGACCUCUGUGUGAACGGAUAAUGA